GAGAACAAGUUUACAACAUUCACCUUAUUCAAAAUGAAUCAUCAAGUCACAGAAGCAGCAGGAAGCCAGAAGGACGAUAAGGUCGUAUUAAAGACGUCUCAAUAUCCUGAGACAGUAAAGCACGUACAGAAGAAGCUGGUGGAUAAGGGCAUGAAGCGCAUGGAACGACAUCCGACCCGAGACGGGCUUCCAGUUAGCCUGCCGCCUCACAAAUUUGGUCAUGGAGGUAAGUUCACCUGGGAGGGACCUGCCGAUGAAGUUACAAGCCAACUUGACCCUGUGCCCCCUGCAAUCGACGAGAAGGACCCUAACUAUGUUGACGAGGGAGAGGAUGAUCAAGUGCUGCUGGAAGGUGUAGAAAACCCAGAGGUUUCCAAGAUGGCGGAGGAGAGAAUUGUUGAACAUGUUAAGCUCGACUGAACAACAUCCUCCUAGUGAUUUCAGUUUCAUUACGGUUCUACUUCUAUAUAAUUCUAAGUUUAAAAAAUUCGAUUUAUGAACGUUCCAUGACGAUGUGUGGAUCAGUUGUAAAUCGAAAAGACUAUUUGUAUGUAUUUUCUUCUUCUUUUUCUUUUUAAAUGUUACAAAUCCUCUAUC